AUGGAUCUGGAUCUGGAUACAAACCAACACCAACGAGAUAUUCAACGAGAGUACCUAGAUUUUCUUGAUGAUGAGGCGGAUCAAGGAAAGUAUUUCCAAUUCGUUAAGGACAUGGUAGCAGACAAAAACCGAAGAUUGUUAAUAAAUAUUAAUGAUUUACGUAGAAAAAACUCGGCUAGAGCAAAAUCACUUUUGAAGAAUGCGUUCGAAGAACAAGCUGCUUUCCAGAACGCCUUGAAGGAAUAUGUUUUAUCGGUUGCUCCGGACUAUGCCAAAGAAAUCGAAGACUUCUUCAUUUCUUUUGAAGGAAGUUUCGGUAGCAAUCACGUUACACCCAGGACCUUAACAUCGAGCUACCUGGGAAAUUUGAUAUGCGUAGAAGGAAUUGUAACAAAAUGUUCGUUAAUUUAUCCUAAAGUUGUUAGAAGUGUUCAUUACUGUCCUGCUACUAAAAAGUUCAUGGAACGGAAAUAUUCCGAUUUAACAUCGCUCGAUGCUAUUCCUUCUGUAGCUGUUUACCCUACUAAGGACGAUGAUGGAAACCCGCUUGAAACCGAAUUUGGUUUGUCUACUUACAAAGAUCACCAGACGAUAACUAUUCAAGAAAUGCCCGAGAAAGCUCCCGCUGGUCAAUUGCCUAGAUCGGUUGAUAUCAUAUGCGACGAUGAUUUGGUAGAUAAAUGCAAACCUGGUGAUAGAAUUCAAGUAGUCGGUAGCUUCAGAUGUCUACCAAACAAACAACAAAAUUAUACCAACGGAAUAUUUAAAACUGUCGUUAUCGCCAAUAACAUAUCUCAACUCAGUAAGGAAGCCUCCCUGUCAAUUACGAAAGAAGACAUUAACAGGUGCAAACGACUGUCGAAAUCCAACGACAACAUAUUCAACUUACUCGCCAAGUCGUUGGCUCCCUCGAUCCAAGGCCACGAAUAUAUCAAAAAGGCCAUUUUGUGUUUGUUGCUCAGCGGAGUCGAGAAAGUUUUACCCAACGGCACCAGGCUCAGAGGCGACAUCAAUAUUCUUCUAAUUGGAGAUCCCAGUGUAGCCAAGUCGCAAUUGCUGAGAUAUGUUCUGUUUACUGCUCCGAGAGCUAUACCCACCACAGGUAGAGGCUCUUCCGGCGUGGGUCUAACGGCCGCCGUAACUACCGAUCAAGAAACUGGAGAGAGACGAUUAGAAGCCGGUGCUAUGGUCUUGGCCGAUAGAGGUGUAGUUUGCAUCGAUGAAUUCGACAAAAUGAGCGAUAUCGAUCGGACGGCCAUUCACGAAGUCAUGGAACAGGGUAGAGUGACGAUCGCCAAGGCGGGAAUCCACGCCAGUUUGAAUGCGAGAUGCUCAGUUUUGGCUGCUGCCAAUCCCGUAUACGGAAAGUACGACCCGUAUAAAACCCCAAUGGAAAAUAUCGGUUUACAAGAUUCCCUUCUAUCGCGUUUCGAUUGCCUUUUCGUCAUGUUAGAUACAAUCGAUCAAACUCAUGAUCACAAAAUAGCUGACCAUGUCGUUAGAAUGCACAGAUACAGGAACCCGCUGGAGCAAGACGGGGAAGUGUUACCUAUGGGUUCGAACGUCGAUACCUUAAGUACCAUGAAUCCGGACGAUGAGGAUGAGAAAGAGACGCCGAUUUACGAAAAGUACGAUCCGAUAUUGCACGAAAACAGUCGCAAACGCACGGAUAAAAUCCUGAGCGUCGGUUUCAUGAGGAAAUACAUCAACUUCGUUAAAAUUAUAAAGCCCGUUUUAACCGAAGAGGCCUCCGAAAUUAUAUCCGAGGAAUAUUCGAGGUUGCGAUCGGAGGAUGUAUUAGAAAGCGACGUCGCUAGGACGCAACCUGUAACUCCCCGUACCUUGGAAACUAUGAUACGUUUGGCAACAGCGCACGCUAAAGCCAGGAUGUCCAAGAAAGUUACCAAAGAAGACGCCGAUGCAGCCAUAGAACUCAUCCAAUACGCGUACUUCAAGAAAGUGUUGGAGAAAGAGAAGAAGCGCACUCGCGAGCAGGAAGAUUCCGAUGAUGAAAAUCAAAGGCAGAAACGUACCAGAAGAAGGAAAUCUGGAGCAGAUGAUGAUUCGGACGAUGAAGUUAUGCCUACCCAAAGCUCAACUAGAAGUAGAUCAACAGCUCUUUCGGGAAUAGAGCAUAUGGAAGACGAUGAGCCUGUUACAAAUGGAACGAACGGGCACACACAGGAUACAAAUGGAACGAACGGGCAUACACAGGAUACAAAUGGAAUGGAUGUUGAUGACAGUCCAAAAGAAAUUUCAGAAGAAAGGUUCUCAUCAUUCAAGCGCAGUCUUCAUCGUGCGUUUAGGGACAACCAAACCCAGUCAUUGAGUUUGAGUAGAAUAAGAGAUUUCAUUAAUAACGAAGCUCCCACGGCUUAUUCUCAAGGGGAAAUCGAUGCCGCUGUCGAAAAAAUGAUGGACCACAAUCAAAUCAUGUUGGCUGAUGGUAUUGUAUUUUUGAUCUAA